AAAGAGAAAAAGCGAGGAGCCUCCGCUCCAUUGUAAGUCUGGGUUCUAAUCUCAUAAUCUCAUAUCCAGGCCUCUCACAUCCAGGUAUAUUUGAUAUUCAAGAUGGCGGCCCAAACACCUCUGCGAAUAUAUCGAUUAUUUUUCUUAAAAGUCUGGAUGUGGCUUCUUUCACACUGUUAUUUUGUGGGACCCCAACAAGUUCCCCUUCCAGACACUUUCAUUAAUCCAUCAUUUCAAGUUGCUCAUUAUCUAUGGCAAGGAAAAACAACUCAAGUAAUUAAAGAACUUGACAAAGUACACAAGCCAUCAUACAUUUUGGCAACACCACAACACACUUUGUAUAUAUCAAGCUUUUUACUUGACCAGGUUUUGUAUGUGGCAGACACUAGACAGAUAGGAAGCCCUGCUGUCACUUUUACUCAAGGCCAUGGGCUUGAUGGUCCAUGGGGAAUGGUUGCUGAUGAUGAGUACUUGUAUGUUGCAAGUUUCACAACAGAUCAAAUACACAAGUAUGAUUUAACUACAAGAAGGUUUGUAGGUGCCUUUGGUAAUGAGAGUUACCUUGACUGUCCAGAGGGGAUGGCCAUAGGUCCCAACAACACUAUUUAUGUUGCAAGCUUUCUCAAUGAUAAAGUUGUUAAAUUCUCUAUACCUGAUGGAAAAUUCUUGGGUGUGGUAGCUGAUAAAAGUCAUGGUCUUAAGGGGCCUGAAGAUGUUGCAUUCUUAAAGGAUGGCACUCUCCUCAUCUGCAGUCAUUACACCGACAACGUGUUAAAACUCAAUUCUUCCUCAGGUGAACAGCUUGGUGUGUUUGCCACAGUGGAAAAACCAGUUGGUUUGACUGUUGGAUCUGACGGCAAUGUCUACGUGACGAGCUAUGUUUCAAACAGCAUCCUUCGAUUUGAUGGACAAACAGGUAAUUUUAUUGACGUUUAUGCGGCUGGUGGCGGCUUGGAAGGACCGUCCAGUGUCAGUUUUGCAGAUCUUCGUACACUGUAUGCAGCCAGUUAUGACAGCGAUAGGGUGGUGUUAUAUAACAGUACUACGGGACUUACUUAUACAUUGCCUGGUAAACGCAACGAGCAUCCGGGAGACGGUUCUUUUAGGAAUGCAACACUCAACAGAUAACGUCGAGUCAGAGUCAACCAUUGUCAUCUACCAGAAGCUACUAAUGUAACGCUUCUAUUGACAAGGAAAUUGGAAUUUAAAGUUUUCUGACAAGUCAUUAGCUGGGAUGCAAACAACCCACUAAAAGUAGAAUUGUUUUCCUUCGAGUGUAUUUUUAAUCUU